AUGUCGGACAGCGGUUACAACAUCUGGAGCGUCGUGAGCAGUGUACUAGGCCUACUAGGACUUAUACGCCUUGCUUGGAUCUACACGCAACUUCCCUCCAGAAAGUUCCGUGCUCUAGAGCGUCUCAUGGCGGAAACAGAGGGGAUGUUUCGUAAAGGGCUCGAUGACGGACUUUACACGUGCGAGACGGACCUAUGCAAACUCCAUUCAAGCUUCCUAGCGAAUCUUUUCAUCGACGACUUGCGUGACUCAGUGGGCACCCUCGACACAUGGACUGCGGAAGUGGCGGGUUGGUGGGGUGGUCUCUCAGGCAAGAUCGCUCGUGUUCACAAAGAGGUGGAGAAAUUGCGCUCCAAAGUCGUCGAUAGUAGUUCCAGGAACCGACGACGACUCGCUGCGGAAGGGUAUGCCCAGAUCGUAGCUCGAUACUCUAGUUCGCGUAGCCAAGAACGUCGCUCGAGCAUACUCUCGUUCAUUAGCCAAGACGACUGCUCCACCCCGUCCGAGUCGCCUAGCGACCCCGGCCAAGCCAGCGACGUGCCACCGGCUCUCGAGUGGUACCCGCCCCCUCGCCGCACCGAUUCCCCACUUCCGAUCCUAGAACAAGACACCCCGCUUCCGGCCCGAUCGGAUGCUCCGCCCCACACUUCUCUGCGUGAGGACCUCGGCCUCGCCACUGUUUCCGACGCAGAUCCGCAUCCACCCUCGGUCACUCCAAACGCUGAUCAACGGCCGGACAACACUCCGAGUUGUAAACCAACCUGCGAAGACGCUAGGUCCCUCUCCGUCUCGGAAACGGAUCUUAAGCAUCUCCUCGCGCUGGCUCUGGGGUCCUCGAGCUUCCGCGACGAGAAGGGUAAACGCCACCGUGCGACACGGCGCGAUGUCUUACUGCGCUUUGGCCAGCAUCUGUUUGGCCCCGAUACCUCCUUCGAUGUUCCCGAAGCAUCGUCGCAUACGCGACAUGCCAAACGCACCCGCCUAAAAGGAGCGACGUGCCGCAUACGAGGUUACCGUGAACUCUCGCCGCAAGGCAUAUCCAGGGCUGCUGGUUCAGUCCAUUCCUCCGACAAGGCACCACCCGUGCUCGAGCGCGUAAAAGACGACGAGUACGGCGCGGCUGAUUGGCAAGACGAAUGA